AUGGUCAACCAAUGGGACAACAGCAACCAAUUUAUGUUGUCCAACAACAGCCACAACCUACUCGUGAUUCGGACGGAUGCUGUGAAGCUUGCAUCGCUUGCUGUGCUUGCUGUCAAUGUUGUGUGA